AAUUUAGCAUUGGCAACUCCUGACCGUAGUUGGCGCUCUCGUAAACCAAAAUUUGAAGGAGUGAAAAGACUCUACAACCAUUUAAAUAUCAAACUGCCACCAUGCUGUACUGAUGUAGAAUUCUUCACCAAGAAGGAAAGACUUCAAAUAUCUCCGCCAUGGCAGUAACAGUAGGAAUGGAGCAACAGCUCCAUGAGAUGCUUGCAGAUGUACUGAGAACAACAGCAAUUGAAGAAGCAUUUGCCGGAUUUGUUUGCACACAAGACUCGGAGAAAAACAAGAUAAUUGUUUGUUAUGAAAAUUUCAUGCGCUUCUGGACAACUAUACCUGCUGAAUCUCAAGACCGCAUGCUGAAGCAGUAUGUCAAUCACAUCCACACUCUCACAUCCCAUCAGAGGGUUAGGAUCUUGUGUGAUAUCCUUGCUAAUGCUGUCGAGAAAGGACUCAUUCCAGCCAAGCUGGUGUGUGAGGCUUUGCUGACAUCCAAGGAUCUAGACUACAAGUCCUCUUACAUGUGGUGCCAGUCUUUCCAUAUCAUACAGAAGAUUAUCAACAGUGCUGACUACAAAGGAUGUCGCGAUGUUCUGCGCCUUGUUCUUGAAACAAUCAAGGACAUUCCAAAGAGUGUCAACGUAUCAACUGGCAGACAAUUGGAUGCAGUCACCAAGGUUGUACUGCACAUCAUAGACAGGAAUAAUUGUCUGCUGCCAGCAUACUUUGCAGAGACAGAGAUUCUCAAGCUAUUCCCUGAGAAUGGACCAGCCAAGCAUUGGGCUAUCGGUGAGGAACUGGCUAACUAUGUGGAUUCCUUCAGGCCCGUUGCCAAUCUGGUCACUAUCACCGGACGUAGUCUGCUGUUACCAGUGAUCGGUCAUUCAAACAAUACCAGUAACUCAUGGAGGUUGGAUCCGGUUACGCUAGCUUUCCCCACUAGAGGGCUCCUUCCAUUUGAACCGGAGACGAUCAAGCCCCAGACAGGUCUGCUACGCUAUGUUCUGAAGCAGCCUUAUUCCAGGGACAUGAUCUGUACUAUUCUCGCACUCAACAAAGGGCAAAAGCAGAAGAGUGUUCCUCUUGAGGAAGAGAUUGCCAAUUUGCUGAUCAUAGCGAUGGAGAAGGCGGAGCUUCAAGACGGCAACCAAUCUAACUGGCCUAUGGCACCCUGGCAACACCUCUCCACACAACUCAUCAUCUUUGCGCUGUUCCAAUUUGUCAGUUUCCCUAGUAUGGUCGAGUCACUGCGUCAGAAGCUGAGCGGUAGAAAUAUAAGGAAAGGGAGAGACCGUCUGAUGUGGGUACUCCUUCAGUUCAUCUCUGGUAGCCUUAAGAAAGCACCUCUCUCUGAUUUCCUGCCGGUGCUCAGCCUCGCAGAUCUGCUCUACCCAGAGAAAAAGGGUCUUCCUUUGCCAGACAUCAACCAGUCAAUGUGCACCCAUGUGUUCUCCAUGGCCUGCAUCUGGAAUCAUCUAGACCACAAGAAAGAGAAGGAGAAAGAGAAGGAGAAGUCUACCUUACAGAGACCACCUCCGCCAGCCAUCAAAACACAUCUAGAGUAUUUGCAGCAGACAUACAAGACACAACAUCUCCCUCUCUCAGACUUCAGGAUAGCACUACAACUCAAUGCAUAUUCCACUGUGGAUGAGAUGUUGACCCGACCUCUCCAGACCCUAGUAGACUACAUCUACUGCACCAAUGCCAACUCUACCGUCCCUCUGCCCGGACCAGCUACCUGUGUGGCCGUAGGAUUGACCGCACCCAUUCCGCUCUCACUCCUGGAUUCACUGACCGUUCAUGCAAAGAUGAGUGUGAUCCAUCUGAUUGUGAACAAGAUUCUUCAGUGGCACAAGCACCCAGGGACCGCCCUCUCUCCUGCUCUGGUAGAAACAUACAGCCGUCUGCUGGCCUACAUAGAGAUUGAGUCACUCGGAAUCAAAGGGUUCACUUGUAGCGUAUUUCCAAAGGUAUGUGAAGUGAGAGCAUGGGGUAUUCUGAACACUCUUUUAGAGCUGCUGAGCUAUCGUCUUCAUCACAUCCAGCCCCACUUCAGAGUGCAGCUCCUGUGUAACCUGCAUAACCUCAGCACACUACCACAGGCCAACCACAACCAACUCUUCUACUGCAUUGAGAGCACCGCCCUGCGUAUCAUCACGAGUCUAGGAAGUGCUGAGGUUCAGCCCCAGCUGUCUCGGUUCCUCAACCAACCCAAGCAGUUACUAUCACAGGAAUCAGAGGAGUUGAAUAGGGCAGUGGUCCUAACACUAGCCAGAGCUAUGCAUGUCACAGGCUCUCAGACUCUGAGUGGUAGUUGGUGUACAGACAUCCUUUCAACUCUAGUCAGUAACACCCCUCACAGUUGGGCUAGCCACACCCUCAAGUGUUUCCCGUCGGCGCUCCAAUCCUUCUUUGAGCAGCAUAACAUGCCGACGGAGAUGAGAGGACUCAAGAGGGCGAUAGAGGAUGAGUACAACAGAUGGACCAGCAUGAUCUCAGAAGCAGAGAGGCUUCAUCAUUUCUCCAAUCCCAGCACACCCCCAUACUUCCUGUGUAUCAUCUGGAAGAUGCUACUCGUCAUGGAUACGGAGCGCAUCACGCCCACUGUUGUGAAGAUUCUGGAGUUGAUUGGACCCAGAGGUUUGUCCAGACACAUCAGAACCUUUGCUGAUUAUCUAGUCUGUGAGUUCUCAACGUCGGCAGGUGGACAACAUGUCAACAUGUGUGUUGAGAAGCUGAACGCUAUGGUAUGGAAACUGAACAUCAUCACUCUAGACAGGCUAGUUCUUAGUUUGGCUCUAAGAAGCCAUGAGGGAAACGAGGCUCAGGUCGGCUUCUUCAUAAUCCAACUGUUGAUUCUCAAACCUAAUGAGUUUAGGACAAGAGUGAGUGACUUUGUGAAAGAGAACUCCCCUGAACACUGGACUCAAUCAGACUGGCAUAGCAAACAUAUGGCCUACCAUAGGAAAUACCCAGAGAAGUUCUUCUAUGAAGGUUUGUGUGAAGAGACUGGUGCCACUCUCACUACUACGCCCCAGUACCUGCCAGUCUACUUCAGCAAUGUGUGUCUCAGAUUCUUGCCUGUGUUUGACAUCUUAAUCCAUCGGUUCCUGGAACUUCCUCCAGUCACCAAGUCACUAGAAACCAUUCUGGAACACCUAGGCUGCCUCUUCAAAUUCCAUGACCGUCCAGUGACAUACCUCUUCAACACACUGCAUUACUAUGAGAAGAAGCUGAGAGAGAGACCAGGAUUGAGAAGGAAGCUUGUCGGAGUAAUCAUCGGAGCUCAGAAAGGCAUCCGACCAAACAACUGGUGCUUGACCCAGGCCUACCAAGAUUUCCUAGCUAAAGGACCAGAAGACUUUGUUUGGUCACCUGAACAUGACUACUACCACAAUGUCAUCAAGAGACUCGUAGACACUCUUUUGGACAAGUCUCCAUUCCCUGUGUUUGACUGGAGAUUCAAUGAGUUUCCUAACAUCUCUGCCCAUGCAUUACACUGUGUCUGUGUGGAGCUCAUGGCUCUAUCCAUCAACCCCAAGGUCGUCGGAGAUGCUCUCCUCGACGUGGUCCUAAAAAACCCCUCUGAGCUUCCUCGUGAGAAUGUGAUGAUAUGGAUCAAUGCUAUUGCUCUUGUCUUGACUUCUCUCCCGGAGACAUAUUGCGAGAUGAUUCAGACCAGGAUUGUAGAGGUCAUCUGCAGGGAACCCUUGGCAGGGUCAAAGGUCAACCCCAUGACCCCCAGGUCAAACCUGAACCACAUGUUUGCCGAGUUCAGCUUUGCCUCGGCCCAUCCUCUGUUCACUGAGGGAGAGAGUGCUUAUGUCAUCGCCAUCACACACGCCAUCUGGCACCACUCUAACAUCGGCCAACUGACACCAUUGCCUCAGUUCCUGAGAGAGCAAGUGAAGCCCCAUGUGAAGACUGAAGAUCAGUUCCUCUUCAUCUGUCACAUUGUAGGACCAUUCCUACAGCGAUUCCAUGAGGAGAGAACUAGAUGCUUGAUGGAGAUUGCGAUAGAGCUGUAUGACAUGCUACAGAGUGUGGAUAGACACAGUCAGCAGAUCACACAUGCAGACACCAUCUGUGACUUCUUCUACCACAUGAAGUACAUGUUCACCGGAGACGGUGUCAAGGCCGACGCAGAGAAGGUCAUCAGGGGGCUGAAGCCACCACUCAGGACCAAGAUGAGGUUCAUUAGUAAAGGGGUGGAGAGUCUAGCGGUCAGCUCACGUCCAGCACCAUACAGCAUCAAUGCUCUAUAGGCCAAUUAAGUAGUGCCUCAGAAAAAGAACAUCACUGUACAAAUUACCUUGUUUAGCAAACUCUUUGUGCCCGUGUCUAGUGCUAUAAUAAUAAUAAUAUUCUGGAUUUGAUAGCGCUUAAUACAAAAUGCCAUCUCUAAGCGCUCUACAUAUGUUAUUACCUUGGUUAUCAGAUUUUUUCACAUACAAUGUGCACCAUCUCCACUCUCUGCUGAGUAUUCCUACCAUAAGGUCACCAUGAGGGCAUAUUACUAGCACAAAGGCUUUUGUCAUCCUACCUCGCCCCCAUUUCUCACCUGGGUAUGGAGUGGCAAAUGUAGAUUAUUGCCUUGCCAAAGGACUUAGUGCCUACAUCAAUGCUUAGUUAAGGAAUAGUCAGCCCCCCCCCCCCCCCAAUCAAACAAAAAAACACUCCAAAAGCCAGGCAAUGUACAGCUUCAAAGUCUUGGAGUAGUCAGUGUUUGCCCAGUGAAACCUCUCUACAGUAUAUCUUAAGGAGUAUCUUGCUUUAGGUCUAAUUGUAUCUCUGUAAAUACUGAAGCAUUCAUAGAGUAAUUGAUUCACAUGUACCUGUAUGCAAGAGAACCCACCAGCACAUGAUAUUCAGUGUCAUUGCCUUGUAGAGCAUCUUUUUUGAGCCGAGUGAACCCUCUUGAAGUGACGCGUCAGGUUUUUAAGAGGGCUGACGACCAAGCGGGCCAUCAGGGUCAAGAUGAGGUUCUUCAGCAAGGGGUCAAGAGUAGAGUCGUCAGCUUUAGUCCCAGUAACAUACAAGACAUGCAUUGAAUUAAUACAUUCCAAGUCUUCAUUUUGUAGGAAAACAAAUCUUGCAUCAGGAGAAAACUGACAAUUAAUUUUCUUCUUUGUAAAUGUAAUGUAAUACAUAGAGUGUUUUCAGUUGAAUCACUGUACCCUAUGCACAGAUUUGUCUAAUGUUUGACGGUUAGUGGUGGACCAGUGUUGGUCAACAGUAACACAACCAGAAAGGCUACAGAAGGUUCAUGCCCCCUCUAUUUUAGAGCAACUUUCAUAGUUUGAAUGUACAUAUACUUGUACAGUGAAACCUGUAUGUAAAGACCACUUAAGGGAGAUAAGAAAAGUGGUCUUUAUGAGCAGUGGUCUUUUUGUACAGGUUCUCUUAGUACAUGUUUUAAUGAGAAACAAUUUGUCAAGGAAAACAAAAAGUGUGGUCUUUAUAGACAGGUGGUCACUAAAUCAGGUUUCACUUUAUAAGGUUCAAGUAGACCCCCUCUAAUUUUGGCCAAGGCUUGUAGCAUCCAAAUUAAAUGUGUGGGGGGGGGGGAGGGGGUAACUACUGUAUCUGGUUUGUUGGAAUCCGGUGGAAAAAGUUUGCCCUUGCUUUUUCUUUAACUAAACUUUAACAGUUUGAUUUUGAACGAAAAGAUGAUUAAAAAGAAAAAAGAUAGGUCUAAUUCUCAUAUACCGGUACAAUAAAUAACAACGUCAGCAAUCAAAAUAUAAGAACUUUCAUCUGUUCAUUUUCUUGAAGCCCCUACUGCGCAUGAUGAGAUCGGCAAUUGCAUAACCUCCCCUCACUAACCCGUACAAUGUACUUCAGUCUCUGUAUAGAGGCGGUCAGUAGAGCCAGACGCAGUGUCAGCGGACUACCGUCUAUAUCAGAGACUAAACUUUCGGUCUACUUCUUGUUAUACGCAGUAAAGUAUGGGACACAAAAUCACCAAAUACCUUGGACUUCCAGAAGUAACACAUUAACCGUACAUGUGCAUUCAAUGCAUUGUAUUAGAGGUUUAUUCUGUCUCAGUGACACAGGGAUAUUCCGUUUGAUUUUAUUUAUUUGUUAAUGUCAGUUUUCUGACAGCAGAAAAUGUUGCAUGUUUUGUAGUGUACAUAUUAGUAGCAGAACGGUGCUAAAUAUUGAAUGUAAAAUUGAUCAUGUUCUCACCAUAUGCAUCGUAUGUUUGGAGCCAGAAGGGCAUUAACUCAUACAGUACAACACAGAGUUAAUGUCCUUGCUCAAAACAGACAGCACGUACUUUGCAGGAAAUUUUGAAUUUGUGUCAAAUAUGUGCUUGCUUGUAAACGAUUUGUAAAUAAAUGUCCUUGCUGACUUAAUUUCCUAUGUGCAACUUGAA